UUUGCGCAUUUUUUCUGUGGCAUGGCUUCCGAUUUGCCAACUUUUGCUUUAAUUAAACAUUUUUGUGGCAUUAGUUGCGUACCAUCACUAAAAUUCGUACAUCCCUAGAGCAAAAAAAAAACACUAAAGAAAACAAAAGCGCCGCAGACUGUAAACAAUUUUUUGCCAAUUGUUAAUUUAAUACAGUAUCCCAAUACGAUGGAUACGUGCUUCUUUUGUGGUGCUGUGGAGGUUAACGGCUCCUCAAGCUAUGAAAAACUGACCUCCAAGGUGCCCUCAUCACAGAAGACAGUCUCGGUGGUGCUCACCCAUUUGGCGAACUGCAUCCACACACCGCUGAGUCUCAAGCCGGAGACGAAACUGUGCUCACGCUGCUUCUAUGAGUUGUCCGAGUACGAUAGCAUAAUGGUCAACUUAAUGACGACACAAAAGAAACUAACAAAUCAAUUGAAGGCGGCGAUGAAAUCAGAAUUUGAAAAUGCAGAGUUUUCCGAAGAUCUUGUGGUUGAGGAUCAUGUUUCUCAAGAUGAAGAGGAAGGCGAUACCGAGGCUGACGCAUGGUUUAUGGAAUUGGUUAAGGGCGAGGAUGAAGAAAACGAUGUGUCCAUUAAGCGCGAAUAUGAAAAAGACGAGGAGACCGAAAUUGAGGAUGAAGAGUUCAUUGGCGAAGAUGAUGCCAACGAUUCACAGAGUCCCGAUGACUCAAAGCAGACCCCAGAUGAUGAUGAGCUAGACGAUGAGAGACCUCGCAAACGAAUGAAGCAGGAAUGCAGCACCUGCAACAAAGUCUUUUUCUCGCGUUAUCAACUGCAGAAGCACAUCAGCGAGGAGCACUCCAAGCAAAGCAGCCAUGUCUGUCCCAUUUGCGGAAUUAUACGUCGCGAUGAGGAGUAUCUUGAAUUACAUAUGAAUCUGCAUGAGGGCAAAACAGAGAAGCAAUGCCGCUACUGUCCCAAGAGUUUCUCUCGUCCCGUCAAUACGUUGCGGCAUAUGCGCAUGCAUUGGGAUAAGAAGAAAUAUCAGUGCGAGAAAUGUGGUCUCCGAUUCUCGCAGGACAACUUGCUCUACAACCAUCGCCUGCGCCAUGAAGCCGAGGAGAAUCCAAUUAUAUGCAGCAUUUGCAAUGUGUCCUUCAAGUCGCGCAAGACUUUCAAUCAUCACACGCUAAUUCAUAAGGAGAAUCGGCCACGGCACUACUGCACUGUCUGCCCCAAAUCCUUCACCGAACGCUACACUCUUAAGAUGCACAUGAAGACCCAUGAAGCGGAUGUCGUCUAUGGAGUCCCCGAAGAAGCAGCAACCGAUGAACAACAGGUUGUUGAGGAGCUACAUGUAGAUGUGGAUGAAUCUGAACAAGCUGUUACGGUUAUCAUUUCCGAUAAUGACAAUGGCACAUUGUGUCUCAUAUGUAAUACCAAUUUCGAGAACAAAAAGGAGCUCGAGCAUCAUCUGGAAUUUGAUCAUGAUGUUGUCUUGAAAUAAAAUUUGCACUUAAAUUCA